AUGGUAUUAGCUGAUUUGGGUCGUAGAAUUCGCAAUGCGAUCGGUAAACUGGGACAGGCGACGAUCAUCAAUGAAGAUGAGUUGAAUGCGAUGCUUAAGGAAGUGUGCGCAGCACUUCUUGAAGCUGAUGUCAACAUACGUUUGGUGAAACACUUGAAGGACAAUGUCGUUAAAACGCUGGAUUUUGAUGAGAUGGCUGGUGGUGUGAACAAACGUCGUUUAAUCCAGCGAUGUGUGUUCACUGAACUAAUGAAACUCGUCGAUCCAGGAGUGAAACCGUAUCAACCAUCUAAAGGCAAACCAAACGUUUUCAUGUUUGUUGGAUUACAAGGAUCAGGAAAAACAACCACUUGUACUAAGUUGGCAUAUUAUUACCAGAAGAAAGGUUGGAAAACGUGCUUAAUUUGUGCGGAUACAUUCCGUGCGGGUGCAUUCGAUCAGCUGAAACAGAAUGCCACCAAAGCACGGAUACCUUUCUACGGAAGUUAUACGGAAAUGGAUCCAGUGGUGAUCGCGUCGAAUGGUGUCGAUAAAUUCAAAGAGGAUGGAUUCGAGAUAAUUAUAGUCGACACGUCAGGUCGGCAUAAGCAGGAGGCUUCGCUUUUUGAGGAGAUGCUCCAAAGUCCCAACAACGUUGUAUUCGUCAUGGAUGCGUCAAUAGGUCAAGCGUGUGAGGCACAGGCACGUGCCUUCAGUAGUACAGUUGACGUCGGUUCGGUGAUUAUCACGAAACUGGACAGUCACGCGAAAGGCGGUGGUGCGCUCUCGGCUGUAGCGGCAACACGCUCACCGAUAAUAUUCAUCGGAACGGGUGAGCAUAUCGACGAUUUUGAGCCAUUCGAGGUGAAACCUUUCGUGCAGAAACUGUUGGGAAUGGGUGAUAUCGAAGGCUUGGUUAAGAAGGUCAAUGAAAUGGGUUUGGAGGAGAACGAGGAACUUAUCAAGAGACUUAAACAUGGAAUGUUCACGUUACGUGAUAUGUACGAACAGUUCCAAAAUAUUAUGAAAAUGGGUCCUUUCAAUCAAAUUAUGAGUAUGAUCCCGGGAUUUGGACCAGAUUUUAUGUCAAAAGGAAAUGAACAGGAAUCGCAGUCUCGUUUAAAGAAGCUUAUGACCAUAAUGGAUAGCAUGUCAGAUUUUGAAUUGGAUCAUCCGAAAGCGAAUGAUCUGUUUUCGAAAGAACCCGGGAGGAUACAACGUGUUGCUCGAGGUAGUGGUACAUCGGUUACAGAAGUGAAAGAACUUUUGACACAGUACAAAAAAUUCGCUGAUAUGGUGAAGAAGAUGGGUAGUAUGAAGGGAUUGUUCAAGAACGGUGAUAUGAAUACGAAGAAUAUCAAUCCAUCCCAAUUGCAAAAGCUGAAUCAACAAAUGGCCAAAAUGAUGGAUCCACACGUGUUGCAACGGAUGGGUGGUAUGGGCGGAUUGCAGAACAUGAUGAAGCAGUUGCAAGAAGUGAACGGCGAUGAAGGCGAUUUGGAUUCAGAAGAGUUCGCAUCGUCAGAUAUGAGCGAUAAUGUCAAAAUUCCAGAGUCGGAUUUAAAUUACAAACGAAAGUUUGUAAUCACCGAAUCGAUGAGCAAUAAACGUUUCUAUUUGCUUAGACAUCCGUCAAGUUCAGCUGCAUCUCUGUACGCAAUCAGUGAGGACUCAAUCGAUGAAGUUCUGCGUAUCACUGAUCCAAAUCGAUCAUUCUUCUACGGUGAAUCGGUCAUCGAGGAUGGAUCAAUAACAGUGCUCAGCCCAAUACAUCCAAUGUUCGUCGUUCUUCCAUAUUUGUUGAAAACAGCUCAGAACAUUGGAAUUGUAGAGUUUUGUGAUACGAAGGUAUUCCGACUGAAUGAAAUGCAUUUGAUGGAGUGGCUCGAGAACAGAUUCAAUAUAUUGAAGCAGUCGCUGUGUACACAUGGCACACUACAUAAGUCAAUUACUGUCGACGGUAUUGAUUUCAUUAUUAGGAAAGUUGCUGAUGAUAAAAGUGAGUCGCCAGAUGAAAGUCACAUUCUACAACCAGUUCAAGUCAAGAAGCCAGUUCCUCUUAGCACUGCCCAAAAACGUCUUCAAACAGCCAGUAAAGGGACAAAAUCGUUGAUCGGAUUUUUCACGAAGAAGUGA